AUGCCUGGCAUCAGUGACGCGGAAACAAUCCGCAUCCUUGUAUCAACCGACAACCAUGUCGGGUACAAUGAGCGAGAUCCGAUAAGGGGCGAUGACAGCUGGAAGAGCUUCCAUGAGGUGAUGUGUUUGGCCAAAGAGCGGGACGUGGACAUGGUACUCCUUGCUGGCGAUCUUUUCCAUGAAAACAAGCCGUCCCGAAAGUCCAUGUACCAAGUCAUGCGAUCAAUCCGAAUGAACUGCUUGGGUGACAAGCCUUGUGAGUUGGAGAUGCUCAGUGAUGCGAGUGAGAACUUUCAAGGGGCAUUCAACCACGUCAACUACGAAGAUUUGGACAUCAACGUUGCCAUUCCGAUCUUCUCAAUUCAUGGAAAUCACGAUGACCCGUCAGGCGAGGGUCAUCUGGCGGCCUUGGAUCUACUCCAGGUAUCAGGACUGCUAAACUACUACGGUAGAACACCAGAGUCCGAUAACAUCCAUAUCAAGCCAGUGCUGCUACAGAAAGGGCGCACAAAGUUAGCUUUGUACGGUAUGAGUAAUGUACGGGAUGAGAGGCUUUUCAGAACAUUCCGAGACGGUAAAGUGAAGUUCUAUCAGCCUUCCAUCCAAAAGAACGAUUGGUUCAACUUGAUGUGCGUCCAUCAGAACCAUCACGCAUAUACCGAGACCGGCUAUCUUCCAGAAAAUUUCCUCCCAGAAUUCCUCGACCUGGUCAUCUGGGGCCACGAACACGAAUGCUUAAUCAAUCCAAAGCUCAACCCGGAGACAAAAUUUCAUGUCAUGCAGCCUGGAUCGUCAGUAGCGACGUCGCUUGUCCCUGGCGAAGCGGUUCCAAAGCACGUCGCGAUUCUUAGCAUCACUGGUCGGGAGUUUAAAUGCGAGCCAAUCCGCCUGAAAACAGUUCGUCCGUUUGCGAUGAGAGAGAUUGUGUUGUCAGAAGAAAAAGGCGCACAGAAGUUGGCCCGUAAAGAGAACAACAGAACUGAAGUUACGCGCUUCCUGAUAUCAAUCGUUGAAGAACUAAUCGAGGAAGCCAAAACGGAAUGGCUGGAAAUGCAAGACGAGGCAGAUGAAGAUGAGGAGCGCGAAGUUCCAUUACCGCUAGUGAGGCUUCGUGUCGAGACAUCCACGCCAGAAGGAGGCAGCUAUGACUGUGAGAACCCUCAGCGCUUUUCCAACCGUUUUGUGGGAAAGGUCGCCAAUGUGAACGACGUGGUACAAUUCUAUCGGAAGAAGAAGAAUACAACGACACGCAAGAAGGACGACGAAGUCGAUGAAGCCGCUAUAUCUCAGCUGUCCACUCUGGACACAGUGAAGGUGGAACAGCUGGUCCGCGAGUUUCUCGCCGCCCAGUCGUUGACCAUCCUUCCGCAGAAUUCUUUCGGAGACGCAGUGGCUCAAUUCAUCGACAAGGAUGACAAGCAUGCGAUGGAGAUGUUCGUCAACGAGUCCUUAGAAAGCCAGGUCAAGCAUCUGAUGAGCUUAGAUCGUGAAUGCGACGAGAUGGAUGAUGAAGAACUAGCCCAGAGCUCUAUACAGAAGGCCAUGGAUAAGUACCGGACACAGAUGGAAGAAAUGUUUUCUCGGGGAGUAAAGAAACGAAGCACACGGGGCAAGAAACGGUUCAAGCCGAAGCCCGACGGAUGGGACACCGAAUUCGACGGCGAGUGGGAGGAUCAACCAGGCGCUCUAAUUCACUCAGAUAAUGAAGGUGGCGAUCCCAACGAAGAGGAAGCUGCUGAAGAUGGAACAGAACCCCAGAAGGCUGCGUCGAGUCGUGGUCGCGGCCGUGGACGAGGUGGACGAGCCGCAGCAACUAGCACAUCUCGUACCACAACUAAAGCGCCAGCGUCAAAGAAGAGCACUCCUGCUAAAACGACAAGAGGUCGAAAACAGCAAGUAAUCUCAGAUGAAGAAGAUGACGAUGUAGUCAUGCUCGAUGACGAUGAAGAGGAUGCCGCCCCUCAAGCCCUCUCCAACAUUGACGGGGACGACGACGACGACGACUCACAAGCCCUAUUCGUCAAACAGCCGACAACAAGGACCCGCAAACCAGCAGCAAGCUCGGUAGCUACAAGUCAGCGCCGAUCGGGACGCAGCGCGGCGUCACCUGCCCCAUCUUCAGCGACCAUUAGCGGCACGGCUACUGGUCGAACCACUGGCCGAGCGAGACAGACACAGACGAUGCUUAAUUUUGUCGGCUCUCAAACCAGUUCGCGGUCGCGUGCUGCUGAAGCAUCCAAACCGGCAUCGAGAACUAGCCGAAGCACCAGAGCUGCUAGCGUGGCCAGCGAGGAUAUCGAUGAUGACAGUGACGCUUUCGAGCCUAUGCAGAGUUCCAGAAGGCGGAGGUAA